GUGAAUAUGACUCCUCUGCUGGUCUUGGUGCUGUGCCUGGCUGGGGCCUACUGCUGUGGCGUGCCCACCUACCAGCCUGUGGUAUCCCGAGUGGUCAAUGGGGAGGACGUAGCUCCACACAGCUGGCCCUGGCAGGUCUCUCUGCAGUACCUCUAUUAUGGAUACUGGUACCACACAUGUGGGGGAAGCCUCAUCUCAUCUAACUGGGUUCUGACUGCGGCUCAUUGUAUCAGUUCAUACAAUACUUACCGAGUGCAGCUCGGGAAACACAACCUCCGAUACAUUGAACCCGGACAGAAAAUCAUCAACGUCUCUAAACUUAUUAACCAUCCAAGAUGGGACCCGAACAGUCUGGGCAACGGCUUUGAUAUCUCACUCAUCAAACUGGAGGAAAGUGUGGAUUUCAGCGACACCGUCCAACCCGCCUGUUUGCCCCCAGCUGGGUACAUCCUACCUCACCAAUAUGGCUGCUAUGUUACAGGCUGGGGCAAUAUCAGAACUGGUGGCCCAGAGCCAGAUAUUCUGCAGCAGGGCCUUUUACUGGUUGUGGAUUAUGCAACCUGUUCCCAGUGGGACUGGUGGGGGGACGGCGUCCGGACCAACAUGAUCUGCGCUGGUGGGGACGGCAUCACCUCAAGCUGCAACGGAGACUCUGGAGGGCCACUUAACUGCAGGAACGCUAAUGGGACUUGGGAGGUGCACGGUGUGGUCAGUUUUGGCUCAGCCGCAGGGUGCAACUAUCCCAAGAAGCCGUCUGUCUUCUCUCGCGUCUCAGAAUUCAACAGCUGGAUCAGCACGACAAUCGCUUCCAACUAAGAUGCCAUGUAAGUGCUGUGCCAGGCUUUCCACAAGGCCGGAAUUUCAUGGAUUCCACAUAUUGCUUAGUAAUUAUUAACGAAUAAUCUAUUCUAAGUAACUUUUCAAUUGGUCCUUAUUAUUUAUUAGGUAUAGUUCUUGAAUUAUUUGCCUUUCUUCAUUCCAACUCUUUCAAAUGGGGGUCACUGACCCCGGCAGCCAAAUAACUACUACUCUAUGAGGCUCCAGUUUUAUUGUUUGUGUUAGUUUUUUUAAAACUUUUUUUUCUAUUCAGCCCCUCUCCUAUUCAUAUACCUGUCUCCCAUCCAAACCACUCCCUGGUUGCUAAGGUAUCUUGAACCCUAGCAACCAAAUAACUGCUAAAACUCCCAACUCGAAUGGAAAAUGAAAUAACUAAAAAACUGUAAAUAAUAAAAAAUGAAGACCAAUUGCAAACUGUCUCAGAAUAUUACUCUCUGAAAUGUGUUCAAUUAAACAAUGAUUAUUGGAAUAAUGGGGCUCAGUUUGGCAAUAAACAAUAAUGGUCUCA